AUGGUUCUUCUUCAAGCUUCCAAGUUAACCCUUCCAACCCCAUCAUCUUCUCUCUCUUCCCCAACUUCCAUUCUCUUUGAACCCACUACUCUUUCCCUUGCAAUCACUCACUCCAACUCAUCAAUUUCUCUUUUCCCUUCUUUCUCACCUCUCUCUCUUUCUUCCUCUCUUCAAUUCCCACAAACCCUAAUUCCUAAACCUUCUUCUUCUUCCACUUUUCUAAUUCUGAAAGAAUCCCCAAAUUCCACAAACCCUAAUUCUGUUAUCUUUCUUGUUUGUGGACCCUACCGUGCUGGGUCUCAAAUUCUCCUCCGGUUCUACAUUCUUAAUAGAAUCACCAACUGUUUUUCUAGGGUUAAUCGUAUUUCAUGUGGGUCACAAUCACAAAGUGGGUUUCUUAGGUUUGAACGUGAAUUAGGGGUUUUGAUGGAUGUGAAACAUGGGGUUUCUGUUGAGGUUGUUGGUUCGGUGAACUAUUUUGCGGUUUAUGCGGUUUCGAGUUUUAAAGUUUGGGUUUUUGCUGUUAAGAUGGUGGAGGGUGAAGAUGGUGGUGGUUUGAGAUUGAUGAAGUGUGCGGUGAUUCGGUGUUCGAGACCGGUUUGGUCUUUGAGUAUUUCGUUUGGGUUUUUGGUUCUUGGAGAAGAGAAUGGGGUUAGGGUUUUUGGGUUGAGGAGGUUGGUGAAAGGGAAAAUGGUUGUUAAGAAGAAUUCGAAUUCUAAAUUGAAGCAAUUGCCAAAUGGUGAUCAUCAUGGGAAGUAUAAAGGUGGGGGAGAUCUAGGAGGGAAAACCCGUGGUGGUGAUGAGGCAACCUGCAAUGGUGGAUUGGAGGGGAAGAAUGAAAAGCAUGGAGUUGCUGUAAAGCAAACAAAUGUUAAAUAUAAACAUGAUAACAAAGAUGGAGGUGCAUGCUUUUUGGCAUUGAAGGGAAACGAGGUUGAAACAAAGUCCAUGCCAACGGUAUCCAAAUCUGUAAAGGCUAUUUCCAUUAAGGCUCUCUCCCAGAGGAUGUUUCUGAUCUUGGACUCCCAUGGGGAUUUACAUUUGCUAUGCCUGUACAAUUCUGGCCUUGGAGUAGAUAUCACCGGUCAUGUGAAGCAGCUGCCUCGUGUUAUGAAAGUGCAAAGUCUGGCUGUUCAUCUCGAUGAAUCUACAACAGCAUCACAGACUAUCUGGAUAUCAGAUGGAUGCCAUUCUGUGCACAUGUUCACGAUGGACACGGAGAAUGCUUUAAAUGAAGCAGAUGGAAAUGAUGGUGAUGAAAAGCCUAUGCAUCUCCCAGUUACUGAAGUUCUUUUCUCUAGUGAGAAGAUUCAAGAUAUCAUUUCUAUAUCUGCAAACUCUAUUCUGAUUCUUGGACAAGGAAGCUUAUAUGCACAUGCAAUUUCCUGA